AUGGAUCUCACCUCUGCUCUGGGAGGUCGCGGGUCCAUCAGGCUGGUGGGUUCUGGGGGAAACUGUGCAGGGAGGCUGGAGGUUUUUCACAGCGGCUCAUGGGGGACAGUGUGUGAUGACUCCUGGGAUAUUAAAGAUGCCCAUGUGGUGUGCAGACAGCUGCAGUGUGGAGUGGCCCUCAGUAACCAGCAGGUACCAGCCUGGUUUGGUUCUGGUUCCGGACCCAUAUGGCUGGAUGAGGUGGAGUGUGAGGGGAAUGAGAUGUCCCUGUGGAGCUGCUCUUCUCCAGGCUGGGGAAAACAUGACUGUCAUCAUAAGGAGGAUGUAGGAGUUGUGUGCUCAGAGCAUGUUCUUCUCAGACUGAGUGGAGGGGAGGGCCGGUGCUCUGGGAGGCUGGAGGUGUAUCAUAACGCUGUGUGGGGCUCAGUCUGUGAUGAUCUGUGGGACAUCAGCGAUGCUCAGGUGGUCUGCAGGCAGCUGGGUUGUGGAGCAGCACUGAGGGCUGAUGGGAAUUCAGCCUUUGGUGCUGGUGAAGGUGUUGUGUGGCUGAACAGAGUCGAGUGCAGAGGGAAUGAGAUUCACCUGUGGGACUGUCCUCUCUCCCUGAAGAACCACACUGACUGCUCCAACAAAGAGCACGCUGGACUCACCUGUGCAGAUUUGUCAGUGUCCACUACUCCUGCCACAACAACAUCAUCUUCUCCUCCAGUUUCUCAGACAGUGAGCUCAACAUCAGUCUCUCAUCCACAAACUCCUCCAGCAGCGUCUCUCUCUGUGCUUGUGAUUGUACUGGGAGUUGUGCUCUUACUGCUCUUAGUGCCACUGCUUAUACUGAUUCAGCAGAACAGAGUGAUGAGGAGAGGUAGGAGAGAUCCAGAGACUGUCAUAUUGUGUCUUAUUCAGUGUGUGAUCAGUCAUGUGUUGUGAACUGAC